UCCAACAAAAAAUAUCUCAGACAGGUUUUAUUAAACUACUGGUCAUGUACCUUCACUGGGUAACCUUUUCUCUUGCAUUAGUCUGUUGGAUGUCUCCUGGUGGAGAAUCAUGCGAUACUUAUGAUUCUGCCUCAGCUUAUCGUGAACUUUUUAAUUGGCUUAGCUCGAGGGAAGACAAUUUGUUAAAUAACACGCGACCCUUAACUUCAAAUACAGUCACCAACGUUUAUGUGGACUUGUUUGUGACCUCCAUCACAGAUGUGAAUGAAAAAGCUCAGAGCAUCUCAACACAAGUAAAAUUAUACACUAUUUGGCAAACAUCGACACCAAUGUGGAACCCUGCAGAUUAUUGUGGUAUUAUCACAAUUUCAGCUCAAAAAGAUUUGUUUUGGAUUCCAGACAUUACCAUCAGAGAAAGCAUGAAAACAGAGUUUGGAUCAAAGGAGUCUCCAUAUGUGCAGAUAGAUUAUAAUAGUUAUUUAUUCACAGUGGAUAUUUUAUCUGUGACCUCCGCCUGUAAGAUGGACUUAUACAGGUUUCCAUUUGACACACAAACCUGCAAUUUAACACUUCAAUCUUUAGUCUAUACAGAUUAUGAGCUUGUCUUUCUUGACCACACUCCUUCAAAGUAUCUUACCAUUGAUUCUAAGGAGAACUUUCAGACCCAGGGCGAGUGGGAACUUCUCAAUAUAAGUUCAUCUAUAACUUCCUCCAGUACUAUGUGGUUCUUACAAAGUCGUGAAAUAUUUCAGAUCACCAUCAAGAGGAAACCUCUGCUGUAUAUCAUCAACUUAAUUUUUCCAGUAUUUUGUUUUCUUGUGCUGGAUGUGGCCUCAUUCUUCAUAAAUGCAUCUGAAGCAGAGAAGCUGGGCUUUAAAGUGACUUUACUGUUAUCCCUAUCUGUGUUACUGCUGAUUCUUAAUGACAAGCUGCCAUCUACUGCCAAUGAAAUGCCACUGAUUGGGAUUUACUGCAUUGGGGUUUUCUCACUUAUUGGCAUAAGUAUUCUGCAGACCAUCGUUGCAAGCAUUCUGAUUGCUAUAGGAAAAGAGACCAAAUCAGUAACACCAACAGAAAGCGGAGCAGAUUUAACCGUUCAACAUGAUGAUGUAAAAUUCUUGCAUAACUCUCUAGACACAGUUACCGGUAGAAAUGAACAGAUGACAUGUACGCCCGACAUGCCGAAGCAGGUUUUUACUCUGCAACACCAAGAAAAAGUCUCACCGUGCUGGACCUUAGCAGCAAGAAUUGUAAAUGUGAUCUUUAUUGUUCUUUACAUAAUCACUGUUAUUGGGUUUCUGUCCUUUCUUGGCAAGGUUUGGUUUCAAUUUUAAAAUCAUUUUGUACACAGCAAGAAUUACAAUUUCAGUGUAAAACGUCUGAGUUGAAUUCAACACCUAAUGAGUAAAUUGUUGUUCUGAGUUGGAGUUCAUUGACAGAGUUAAUCAUGUCAGUUUUAACCCUACUCAUUAGAGAUGUGAUUACACUCCGCCCACACAUUUCAGUCUUCUGUUUCCAUGUGUCCUGCAGAUUAAUUGGGAAGUAAAACCGUAAUUUUUUUUAAUGCAAUAUGUAUUUUUAUCCUCUCUAUCACCAUCUCUGUUUGAAACCUAAAGCUGCAUUUUACAUCUUACUUGUAAAGUUUGUUGGCUGUUUCAUUUAAAGUGGCAAUUAAAACAUGCUGUAAUAAAUGGUCUAUGUAGUGUUAUGAACUUAACACUGGACUUUUGCUGUGUACAGGGGCU